UUAAGCUGGCUGAUUAAGCAGUGGAAGACAAGAAACUGAAUGAAUCCACUCUGCAUCUGUUUUAAUGUUUUCAUUUUAAUAAUAAUACAUUUUAUGGACAGAAUUUGGAGUGGAAUUACAACUGAAUAAAGAGUGUGAGCAUAUGAACACCACAUCUCCAAUGGAAAACUUAACACUGGCCACCAAUUAUUCAGAAUGUUACUCGGCUGACAGCACAUCCAGGAAGAGGUCAUUUCUGUUUUUCUACCUGGCUAUCAUCAUCACUGCCAUCCCGUCCAACGCCUUCUCCCUCUUCGUGUCCUGGCAGCACAUUAGACAGAAGAACGAGCUUGGUGUGUAUCUAUUCAACCUAGCCCUGAGUGACCUGACCUUCACUAUCGGCCUUUCUCUGUGGCUGGACUUCCUGUGGAGAGGAGUUUGGGCCCACGGAGGCUACGUUUGUGUGCUAUCUGUCUACUUUCUCUUCACUAACUUUUACACCAGCGAUGCUCUCCUCUGCUGCAUUGCUGUUGACCGCUACCUGGCAGUGGUUCACCCAUUAAAGUACACUUCCUUGAGGAAAGUUGGCACUGCAGCAGCAGUCAGUGUUUCCAUUUGGGUGUUGGUGGUCUGUUUCAACGCCACCACCGUCACCUGGGAGGACUCAUACCAUGAAAACAAUAAGUUCUCAGUGUGCUUUGAUGUCUUCCUGCCACUGUCAGAGCACUUGGCUCGGGCUAAUGUUGCGCGCUUCUUCCUGGGAUUUAUUGUUCCUGUUCUCCUGGUGAUGUUUUCCACCUGGAGGAUCUGUGAGUCUGUGAAAUCCAACCAGGCCACAGAGGAACAGGAACGUAAACAGAUUUCGAAGCUGCUGACAGUAGUUCUACUGUGCCUUUUGUUCUGCUUCGGACCUAUCCACAUUAUGAUGCUUCUCCGCACACUAGUGGAUGACUGCAGGAAUGUUGCUCAGCUCCUCUAUCCAUACAAGAUCAGCAUUGCUAUCUCAAGCGUCAACUGCCUUGCAGACCCUCUCCUUUACUGCUUCAUUACUAGAACAGGGAAGGCAAAUGUCAGUCAGGUUGUUCUCUUCUUCCAGGUAAAAAAGAGAAGCAAAGAUGACAGUGUGGUGUAGGUUAAAUAAAGCACAGGACUAAAUAAUGUAACAGCCUUGUGGUAAACUUUACAGUUAGACAUUAAGAGAAUAGUCAAUAAUAAAAAGUUAACAACACAAUUACAGACACUGUUUCAAGUGUGAGUUGUCAAAUGGCAAACGUUGUCAGCUGUUAUAGGAUAAAGCUAGUGGUGUUAUAUAUUUUUCUUAUUGUCAAUAAAUCUCAUUAAAAACCCAAACCAACAAUGGGUUAGUCUGUCUCUCAAAGCUUUCUGAUAUCUUUUCUGUGGCACUCUGCCCCAAGCCAACAUUCCUAAUGAACACAUGAAUAUUUAAAAUGUAAAAAUACUAUGCUUUGAAUAAUAAUUCUUAUACAAAAAGUUCAAUUAUCACUUUUUUAAACAUUUUUAAAAAUUACAUCCAGUCCCUUUCCUUCCUUGACAAAUACAAAACCUAUGAAAAUGCAAAUAUUUAAGUUUAACUGCUGCACACAAGAUGUCGCCUACUUUUGAAAUAGAUUAAAGUCAAUUCUCAGUAUGUGUACCACAUCACUUAUCUGACCUUAAUUGGCUUCCAAAAUAGUUGUGAAGUCACAAAAUCAUGCCUGUACAUACACGUCUUAAACGUCAAAGUUGAUAAAUCCCAAUUGCAGUUCACACACACAAACACGUUUAAACUGACAGUUUACUUUGCUUAUACUGUGUAUCUCUGCUAUGGAGGUACUUUAUUAACAUCAGCAAAUGCCCUUUAUCAGCAGCGAGUCAUGGGGAACAGAUGUUCUAAGGUGGAGUAUUGGUGGAGGUGGAGUAUACAAACAUCACAGUUGUCUUGUUGUGUGAAACCUUCCCUAAAUAGGUCAAAGGAAAAUAAAGGGAUUUUAAUGCAAAUGUGACGCCAUACAUCAUUUGAAUAAAUUAAUUUGACUGUGGUUUCACUUCAGCUUUUUUUGCAACACUCUUUGUAUUUUUGGUCAGACAAGUGUGGAUCAGGGGAGGGCGUAUUUGCAUUUAACAGACAAUUUUUUUUGUUCCUUUCUAUAAGUACCAUCAUCCCAUUACAAAACAGUAAACCCUAUACAUUUAUAUUGGAAGAUUACUCACUACCAACAGAUUAUGAUCUAAAAUGCUGUGAAUUUGAAAAUAAAGGGCUCAAGAAUAAUUUAAUAACAGAUAACAUUUACAAUGUACAACUGCCAUUGUCAAAUCUGUGGAUGUCUCAAGUUAAAAUUAAAUUCUGUAUGUUUGAGUUCAGUGUUUUCUGUGAGGAAAAUGUUAUUUUAAAUUCUUGUCAUGGCUGCAAACUGCUCAUGAAAUCAACAUUUAGCAUUUCCUGCAUUCUUGAGGAAAAAUAAAAGUCAUCAGAGAGAGCUUUCUGAUUCUGAAGAUUAUCCCAUGAAGUACUAUG